AUGUCUCUUUCUCUCUCUAUGUCUCUUUUUCCUCUUUGUUAUCUCUUUUUAUCUCCCUCUCUAUCAAUCUUUCUUUCUGUCUUUCUCUUUGGUUCUCUCUCUCUCUCUCUCUUUCUGUCUAAGUUUUUUGUUUUCUCUUCUUUUUAUCUCUCACUUCCCCCCUCUCUCUCUCUUUUUCAUUGUUCUUUUUUCUUUCUCUCUACUCUCUUUCUCGCUCUCUCGCUCUCUCCCUCUCUGCUCUCUUUCUCUCUGUGUUCUCUUUCUUUCUUUUUAUCUCUCUACGUCACCUUCUCUCUCUCUCUCACUCUUUCUGUCUCUCUACGUCUCUUUCUCUCUACAUAUAUUUCUUUCUUUCUUUCUUUCUUUCUUUCUUUCUUUCUUUCUUUCUUUCUUUCUAUAUAUCGCUCUGACGAUCCUUCAUUCUCUGUCUCUCCCUAUGUUACUUUCACUCGCUCUUUCUCUCUCUCUCUUUCUAUCCUUAUUAAAAGAGGUGCCAGAGGUGCGAAAAAAUUGGUGAUCCACCUGUAUGUUGAUUUGGCCUUUCUCUAUUUCUCUCUGUUUUCCUCUGCAUUUCUGAGUCCUUCAAUAUUUUUUUUCUCAUUCUUCAUUUCUCUCUUAAUUCCUAUCUUUAUGCGUAACCCCUUCUUCUUUCUGUUUCCCGGGCUUUCAAUUGUUAUUUUUCUUCUUUUUUCUUUUUCCGGCUUCGAAACUUAUACUUUUCUUUCUUUCUUUCUUUCUUUCUUUCUUUCUUUCUUUCUUUCUUUCUUUCUUUUCUUUCUUUCUUUCUUUCGUUUAUACCUAAAUUGA